GUUAAUAAAUGAUUAGUCAUUCAAGCGUAAAAAAAGCAUUCAGGUGUAGAAAAAGAAAUUUCGAAAUAUGUAUGAAAGAAAUAUAUGUUUAAUAUUUAUUUAAUAAAUUAUAGUCAUGCAAUCAAUGCCGCGUGUUUCAUGUCAAACUGUAUUGAAUGUGAAAAUUCAAGGUCUAAUAAAACAGUUUUUCGAAUUUUAAAAUUAUUUAUUAGAAUUGUUUUAAAAUUAGUUCUAUGAUAUGGUACAAUAAAUAAUAGUAACUUGGGUAAUUAUAGGAAUAAUAAAACAUUGUUAUUAUACUAAAAAACUUCAUUAUAUCUACUCCGGAUGAUAAAAGUCAGUUCCAGAUGAAUACAAUUUAUCAAGUCUUUUAGCAGCAUAAACCAUCCUCAUUUCAGUUGACAUUGACUACAUGCUUACGUGCAUUGUGCAUUUUUCUGGACAAACAAUUAGAAUAUUUGAUCAAUCAGAAUUGUCAUUCUAUUAUCAUCGAAUAAUUUUCAAUCGAUAAAAAAUAAAUAAAAAAGUAUGAUAAAUAUUUAAAUAUUGUAGAAAAGGUAUUAUAGCAGUAUAAAAAUUAAGACGAUGGAACAUACAACAUUUAUUAUUUAAAAUCCAACCAACUUUCAAUUUCUUUCUGUUUGUCACUACAUUACCACUUUUGGUAUUUUUUUCUUCAAUCACGAUUUAAUUGCACAUGAUGAGCGAAAUCAUUCCGUUUCUGUUUUGAACACAUUUUUUUAAAAAAACAUUCACAAUUCGGAAAAUGAAACUGAAACCAAAGUUCAACUUCUCGAGAGAGUAUUAAAAAGAAGUGAUCUCUACGGAGGAGGUGAAAAUGAAACACUUGACAUAAAAGAUGUUAAUGAAACAUAUCAAGUACAUCAUUAGUAAUGCUCUUUUUUCUCACUAUGGCAACAUUCAUGCUUAUUUAGCUGGAAUAAUAAAUGGAGCAGACAACAUAACCUAUUUUUCACUCAAGGAAAAUGUAUUUAACCAACUUUCAAAAAAUUACCAAAGCAGGGAUUAUUGUUCAUCUAGAAAUAAAAACUUUCCACUCACCAAUUUAACAGUUGAAAAAGUAUUCAAUGAACAUAUUUGGUCGUUGAAUAUAUAUACGCAAUAAUAGGUUUAAAAAGUGCCAAAUUAUUUCAAGUUGAUGUUUCGAAUCUAACAUUUGAAAAUUUUAUUCAUUUGUCCCGAGGAAUUGAAUUAGAAAUUCUUGAUAAUGAAACAUAUCAAUUUGCUUUGGUUCCAAAUUAUCAAAUGCAUUGUAUGACAUGUCCACGAUGGCUAAGGAAGAGGAACGAGGACAUAUACCUAUUAUUUGCCAUAGUAGAAAAUAAUAAAAAUGAUUUUUAUGCCAUUAGACAGGAGAAAAAUACUUUGACUUUACUUAAGAGUAAUGGAAACGAAAAAGAGUUCGCUAGAAUAGUCGCUAAUGAUUCCUCCUUAACUAUGGAACUGGAAAUAUUUUCCCGGUUCUUCAAAUUACGUAAUGAAAAUUAUAAAGUAUUUAUCCAAAAGGUAGCAGACAUUAAGACCAAACUGUUUGUAAAUGGUCUAAAGAAUUAUUACCGAGAUUCAACCAAAGCGGAGAAAGUAAUUGAUUUUAUGAAAUCAUUGGUGCCAUUUUAUACCUGUAUUGAAAAUAUAAAAUCUGGAUAUCAAGGAGGAGCAGCCAUAAGUUGUUCCCUUGACGCUCUUGGUCUUCUUCCAAUAGCUGGCGUUACAGCAAAAUAUUCGUCUAUUAUGUGGAGAAGUUUAAUUAAUGAAAUGGCAGACCAAUCACUGUUUAUUCUUGCAAAGUCACCAAUUAAUUCAUUAACAUUAUUUAUCGGCUUCAAUCAAAUUUACAAAACAGGAUUUCAAAUAAUAAUGGAAGAAAUUCUUACCAAGCACCUUUUGAAAGACUUGACAGUAGCCUCCCUACAAACAUUAGAUCCUGGUUUUGAACAAUAUUUUCAAUUUUUAAGAUUCUCCAAAAAUAUGGUAGGAAAAUUAGUUCAUACUUUGUCCUCAAAAUUAAUAAACAUUUCUAAAGUGGAACAUCUUCUAGAAUCGAUUAAAUCUGCAAAGAAUUUUAUUUACAAAACAGAAACUUUGGUCGAUCAAACGGGUCUUAUACCAAGUAUUAUUCAAGAACAGAAUAAUUUUAAAAUCGUUAAAUAUCAUUAUACUGGUGGUUCGAAUUAUUUCGGUCCAAAAUGCAUAACAUCGUUUGGAAAAACUGCCGAAUUAAGAACAAUCGAAGAAAACUUGUUUUAGUUACCAGUGGUGCCUGUAAAAUUAUAUGCUAUAGAAUAUAUGAUCCAAUAACUGGAGAAAUUUCUAAGACGAAUUUUGCAAUGGGAGAAGACGGUAUUCUUAGACUGAGGGACAAUUAUAUUAAUCUACCAGUAGAAGAACAAAGAAAUGUGUUUGCAUUACGUAAUUAUCACGAGUAUAAUUCGGAAUUGGAGUGGAUGAAGUCACUUUUUAAGAAAAGAAGAAUCGCCAGGUAAUUUAUUCUACAAAUAUUUUUAUAAUGUUUACAGUAAAAGAAUUAAAUGAUUCAUAUAUUGGUCUUUAUUUACAUUAUUUUUUUGUUCACAUCUGCACUGAGAAAAAUAAACAUGACUGGGCACUGUGCUGACAGGAAUGAUUCCUGUCCAAAAAAAAACGAACCGCUUGACUUCAGAAUUCCCAGAACCUCACGAGCAGACUUUCCCAAUAACAAUAUUCCUGGAACUUCAAGAAGUAGUUUAAAUCGCCAAAUUAGCAGAAGUAGUUUUUAUCAACUAGAUGUGCAGAAAACAAUCGAUUUAAUAAACAUAUUUAAGGAAAAAGGAUUGGCAGGUUUAAUAGAGGACAAAAAUAUAUUAUCAUUUCGAACAACUGUUAAUUCUUUGGAAUCUUAUCAAAUGAUGAAGAAAAUACUAAAACCAGAUGUUAAACUGUGGUAUACAGAAACAUUAACACGACCAUCUAUCGUUAAUGAUUUAAAGGAUCUAAAGGGAAAAUAUUUUUAUUUUAACGAUUUAACUCUUCUAUCUGAUAUCGCUCCUGCUGAUAUAAUUCCUCUUAGAAAAGCAAAAUUUACUUUUAAAACAGAAGUUCGUUAUCACAUGGAAUUUGAUUCUGAAUUCGGUUACGUUGAUCUUGGUGCAUUACAUAAUAAAUUUAAAAAUCAAUACAUUGUAUUUCCAGAUGUUCAGUUUUUUGUAAAGGAUACUGAAUUUUUUAAUGGAAAAGAGAUAUUAGUUUUCAAAUUACAACAAACAAAAAUAUCAAAAGAUGAUUGGUUGAAAACUCGAGAAAAACAUAAUAAAAUAGUUUCUAUUAAUGAAAUAAGACAAGAAACAAAAAGGAGUGAAAUUAUUGAGAUAAAUGCCUUUUUUGUAUCUUCAAAAACACCUUUGAAAAAAUUUACAAAUAUAAAGGAGAUUAUGAAAAAUUAUAUUUUAAGAAUGGAUGAUACUGCAGUAGGUUCAGCUCCUACUUACGAAACAUUGGCCAGGGAAAUUUAUGCAGGUUCUAUUAAUAGUGUAAGUCUAAUUCCUUAUCAUUUUAACAAGUGGAAAAUAACGAAUAGCAAAUACGUUAACGAUGUACUUUAUCAUAAAACAUUGCAUCAGAUUGAUUACCGAUGUUAAAAUUGCAAAAAGUACGAUAGACACAAUUUUUAAUGGAAUAUUUUGUGUCUAAACUUGUUAUUUGAUAGU